AUGGCUCUCAAGGAAUCUAUUGUACCAGACUUGGUGGACCACUGCAGAUUCGAGGCCAAGCCUUCCAAUUCUGGCGGCGGCUACACCCUUACAAAGAAGACAGAUUGUGGCAAACAGGAUUGCAACUCCUCUUAUAGCUACAGACCCAAGCCCAAGGAGGGAAAGCCCAAGGAGGAAAAGCCCAAAGAAGAAAAAGCCAAGGAGGCAAAACCCAAGGAGGAAAAGUCCAAAGAAUAGUUGUGUUUUGG